UCGAGCCAACGCCUUAAAUCCUUCGGACAUAGCCAAGAUCCCCUUGAUUUGGGACACUUGUAUGCAUCUUCGCGAGUCCAUUGCUUCCUUCUCUAGAGACAUUUUGGCUAAAGCAAGAUGAGUUGUUGUCGUUCAUGAUUUUUUAAUGUCCUAUAAUGUUCAGGAUAUCUCUUCCUUUCACACAAGCAAACAUUUCAAAGGUCUGAAUUUGCUCUUAUCCUCUUAUCUUCACACAUUUUCAAAGGUUUGGAUUUCCUAUUCUAUCCUAUUACAUAACUACAUACUCACUCACACGCUGACACAUGAUUCGAGUAAUUCAAAGGGAUUUUGAUUGAAUUUGCUAUAACUUGAAUGAAGAUGGCGUGUUUCUGCUAACCUUUUGUUCACUCUACAAACACUUCAAGAACAUCUUUUAUAGAUGGUUAAUCGAAAUUUCCAAGUCUUACAUGUGUUUACUUCUGUUCAGUUCUCAUAUAAAUACAAAAGGAUGAAUAUAGAUAAGCUUGCUUCUACCAUGACACAAGCUCAACUAGCAGAUCACAGGGAGGAUCCAACACAAGUACAAAACUCCACUUCCAUGUGUAGCGAUGAGAAUUUACUAAACCAUGAAUUUAGCAAACUGAAACAAGAUGAAGUAGCUAUAGUUAUGGUUCCAUUUCCAGCUCAAGGACAUCUUAACCAACUUCUCCAACUUUCAUGUUUAAUCUCCUCCUAUGGUCUUCCUGUCUACUAUGUUGGCUCGGCCACACAUAAUCGUCAAGCCAGGAUUCGAGCCAACGCCUUAAAUCCUUCAGACAUAGCCAAAGUCCACUUCCAUGACAUCCCAACUCCUGAAUUUGCCUCACCAUCACCUGAUUUUAAUGCCUUGAGCAAAUUCCCAUCACAUCUUCAGCCAUCAUGGAAUGCCUCUAUGCUUCUUCGCGAGCCCAUUGCUUCUUUCUUACGCGAUAUUUCAUCAAAAUCAAGACGAGUCAUUGUUGUUCAUGAUCCUUUAAUGUCCUAUAAUGUUCACGAUGUUUCUUCUUUGCCCAAUGCUGAAUCCUAUAUGUUUAAUUGCAUAUCAGCUUUAACUUCCUACAGUUUGAUAAGCUUAUUUUUUGGGAUGUCUGACCAACAUGAAGAAGAAUCGCUUAAAAAGCUACCCUCCCUUGAAGGAAUUAUGACAGAUGAAAUCAGGGACUUAUCAGCUUCUCAGCAACGCUAUCUAGAUAUUCGAUCAGGUGAUCUUAAUAAUACAAGCAGAGUAAUUGAAGGCAAGUAUCUUGAUUUGCUGGCACAAGCAGAACUUAAUAUGAACAAGAAACAAUGGGCAAUUGGACCUAUUCUGCCUACUAAAUUCGAUCAUAUCUCGAAUAGGGAGAAUAUAUGUUUGGAUUGGCUUAACAAACAACCUCCAAGAUCAGUACUUUAUAUAUCUUUUGGAACAACAACUUCAUUUUCCGAUAGAGAAAUCAAUGAGCUCGCGAUGGGAUUAGAACAAAGCAAACAGAAGUUCAUAUGGGUGUUGAGAGAUGCCGAUAGAGGAGAUAUCUUUAAAGGGGAAGAUAGAAGAGUUGAGCUGCCAGAAGGGUUUGAGGAGAGAUUAAAAGAUGUAGGCUUAGUGGUAAGAGAAUGGGCACCACAACCAGAAAUAUUGGCUCAUUCGUCUACAGGCGGGUUCAUGAGUCAUUGUGGAUGGAAUUCAUGCAUAGAGAGUAUUACUAUGGGAGUGCCUAUAGCUGCUUGGCCUAUGCACUCUGAUCAACCAAGAAAUGGUUUCUUGGUGACAGAAGUGCUAAAAAUAGGCCUGAUUGUGAGGGAGUGGGGGAAACGCGAGGAGUUGGUGAAUGCAUCCACCAUUGAGAAUGUUGUGAGGAAGUUGAUGGCAUCAGAAGAAGGAAAUGUGAUUAGAAAAAGAGCAGAAGAAUUGGGAGAAGCUGUAAGGCAGUCCACAGAGAAAGGGGGUACUUCUCAAAUAGAGUUGGAUUCUUUCAUCGCGCAUAUCACAAGAUAGACUUGUUUGUGUUUUGUUUAACUAGAAUUGAGUCCACCAAUUGUGGAUGUAUGCCUUUUGUUUAAUUAAGUACUUGUUUGUGUUUACUUUUGUUCAAUUUAUAAGCAUUUCAAUAACAACCUUUAUGGAUGAUAUAUCACUUU